CGUCUCCUGUAAAAAAAUCUAAUCUACUGUAUUUCUUUAUUGUAAUAGCUUAUGCCUGCUGUAGAUUCAAAUGAUCACUUUCGGGCACUAACCUCAUGCUGUCUGGUGAGACACAUGAAUAACAGACUAUUUUAUUAAAUGUAUUUUUGAAGCUGCUGUGAAGUGGAAGAAAAUGUUCAGCAGCUACUGGGUUGGAAUCAACCCAAGAUGAUGAAUCCUGAAGAUGUGUCAACCCCUACCUUGCCCCAUUCUUCCAAGAGCUCACUGAGUUUGAAUGAAGAUCUCUAGUGAGGGGUGAGAAGAGCUGACAAAUCAGAACUGAGGAUGAUUGUUACGGAGCCCCAUGAGGAACACCUGAUGCGGGGCUGACUUUUCUCUCCUAUCUGCUCUCCAGUCCAAACUGUUCCGUUGUGUGUUUCAGCGCCUCUAAACCCCCUUACCCUGAAUAGUUGCUCUGAUGACCAUGGAUCUAGGAUUGUACCCAAUCUCCAUCUUGGAUGGAAGCACCAUCGGCCCUCACGGAUAGAUAGAAGCCGGCUAUAAAGGGAUUACUUUGGCUGCCGAACACAGGAGGCACGUUGUGCCACGAGGGUACACCUGGAGGCAGACCCCUCUUCCCUGAACAGAGGAAAAGGACUUUGGCACAAAGGGCUUUGGCACAAGGUCCUGCGUGUUGGAACACUUCUUGAAGGAAGCAACCCUGUUGGACAGGGGAUUUUGGACUGUUUUGCCAUGUGUCAAAUCAGCUUGCCAUCCGCUCCAAAUGACCUCUACUCGUGGUAUACAUCACACCAAAAAUAAAGCGUGGAAGGACAGUCUCCCUUGACAGGAGAGAACAAAAAUAUGCCCGACAACGCCAUUCCACCCCUGAUGCUUUUGCCUAAAGUGAAAAUGCGUUGGAGUGGAGUACUCCCAGUUUUCAUCCUACCCUCUUUGCCUCUUUUUUCUCUACUCCUUUAUACUCUCAUAUCUUCCUCGAUGGCUGUUGUUAGUUUGCCGGGAUUAGACUAUGACUAUGGAGCCCAGCCAAAGUUUGUUUGUACCCCGAUUCCAGCGGAUGCAGACCCCAGCUGCUUCACACCAGGCGGGGCAGCACACGGACCUGCCCACGACAGACCCAGCAGUAAUGGGCAUCAUGGACCUGCUGCAGGGGCGCCCAAUGGUAAUGGCAGGAGGUCGAUGGGAAUGGGGAUAGGAAUAUCAGACGAGGCCAAAUCCACCAUCCUGCACCUUCGCGAGAGCCUGGUGCGGCAAAAGGAGACCAUCUUAGACCAGCGGGAGACGAUCAGGGAGCUGACUGCCAAGCUGACCCUCUGUGAGGGCUUUGGCCGGGGGGUGGGUCAUCACGAUGACCAUCACGACAACCACCAUGGAACCCCGCGUCUCAACACCCAUCACCCGAGCUCGCACCAUGCCUACCAUGAUGCUGACCACCACGGGGAUCCACACUACCCACUGAACAAUGGACAUCGAUCUGACCCACACCACCGAGGGAAGGACAACGCUGGGAGCAAGCAUGGGGCCUUCUCCCCUGAGAAAACUAGGAAAACGCUACAGACACUCAAGGAGAGGCUGGAGAACUUGCAGGCCAGGAAUUCCUCCAGCUCCUAUUCAAGCUCACUGAGAGACCUCCUGCAACGCAAAAUCAAUGCACUUGAGAAGCAGCUCAACAAUCACUACGGUGGGCAUCAUGAUUAUGGUCACCAUGACGAUGACCACCAUGACGACCACCACGAUGACCACCAUGACGACCACCACGAUGACCAUCAUGACGACCACCACGAUGACCAACAUGGACCCGACCACCAUCAUGAUGAUCGACACGAUGACCACCAUGGACCCAGUCACCACGACGAUCACCAUGAUGACCACCACGAGACCCGCACCUCCACCCCCACCCCCACCCGCCACAACAACCGCCACAACAACCGUCAAAACAGUCACCAUGACCGACACUAUGACCGCCAUUAUGAUCGUAGCCAUGGCCGCCAUGACACCCACGAUAACGACCACAAUGCCGAACACCAUGAUGACCAUCACAACGACCGUCAUGGCGAACACCAUGAUGACCAUCAUGACCUUCACCACGAUGACCACCAUGAUGAUCUUCACGAUGACCACCAUGAUGACCACCAUGGAAACGGUCACAGUGACGAUGGUCACCAUGGCAACGACGACCAUGGCCAUCAUCCUCGUCCAUCCUAUAACAGCAAGCCGCCGGCUCCAAGACCUCUUGGCCGUGGACACAACAAGCUUGAAACUGUGCUGAGCCACCUUAACCACAGGAACACUGACCCUGGUACCCGGAAAAAGCCAAAGAGUCCGGAUGCUUUCCAGAUUGGCUUCCCUAUGCGCACUAACUACAUAUAUGGAAAAAUAAAGAGGACCCUACUCAACGAAAUCUUCGCCCUCACUGUCUGCCUCUGGAUAAAAGGAGGAUCAGGGCCUGGCCUCGGCACUCCCUUCUCCUACUCUGUACCGGGACAGGCCAACGAACUGGUUCUGAUCGAAUGGGGCAACAACCCCAUGGAACUACUGGUCAACGACAAGGCAGUGACAUUGCCCAUGGCAAUGACGGAUGGAAAGUGGCAACAUCUGUGCGUGACGUGGUCAACACACGAUGGGCAUUGGGAGGCCUUCCAGGACGGUGUAAAAAGGGGAUCUGGAGAGAAUCUAUCUGCAUGGCAUCCCAUCAAGCCUGGUGGAGUCUUUAUUCUGGGCCAGGAACAGGACGCCCUAGGUGGCCGAUUUGACGCCACCCAGUCCUUCGUGGGCGAAAUGUCAGACCUCCAGUUGUGGUCCCGCGUUCUCACGCCCAAUGAAAUCUACAGCCAGGCUUCCUGUGGAGGUCACAUGGCUGGUGACCUCAUCACCUGGACAGAGGCAGUGGUUGAGCUUCACGGUGGGGUCACCAAAUACCCCUUCGACCCCUGCCACUAAGCACUACCCCACUCUGCCUCAUUAAAAAUGUCUGAUCACUAAGCCCAUGAUGUCAGUCAACCAGCUGUACGGUGUGGCAGCAAGGGCUCUGUGCGCUACGCUGCAGAGACAUUCUGCUAUUUUUGCCAUCCAUUUCCUCUCUGUUCUGCCUUCCCCCUCGCUGGGCCGAGGAACUGAGAGGACUUUAAAAGAGCAACGGCUGGAUAUAACCGAAUGGUCAUGACUACCGCUGCUCCCAAGAUCCAGUACAGGUAAUAGGAUUCCCUGUCUCUAGAUGGGUCCAUCCAUGUAUGCCCCGGCCUUAGCAAAGCCCUUCAUCAGUCAGGUGUUCAAAGAAUCAAAACCUUUUUUUUCUGGGAUGUAUUACGCCUGGAUAUGGUUCUCAAAGUCACAAUAGUCCAGGUGUUAUUUGUUGGUCUUUCUGUUUUUGACUGGUGAGCAGGAUGAUACCAGUGAUGAAAAGGAAAGUAGGAAUGAACAACCUAAAGGCACUGAAAACAGAGCCCUGCAGAUGGCAAGUGUAUGAGUUGGAAGACAUUGAUAAAGAUUUGAUGGUUGAAUGUGAUGAAUGUGAGGGAUUACGUUGUAUUUUUCUGAACAUGAAGAUGGAGGAGCUCCUCUAGGGAUGUUGUUUUUAGGCUUUUAGCCUGUCCCGACAGAGAUUUCAGAGGCCUGUUUUCUACCACUGUGUUGUACACACAUGCAACUGAUCAACAUUCCACUGGAUUUUUCACAGGAACUUAGCUCUACAAAUAGCUGAUGGUGCUCUGCUUUUGGUUAAAGGAGUUUGCUUUGUCUGUUUGCGGAAACAUAUAUUUUUGUAAGUACGUGUGUUUUAAUAAAAGGUUAAAAAGGUGGACGUUUUGUCAGCUGGAAUGUCUGUUUUAACACAGCAAAACUUGUGGGUUUGGUUUUGACGUAUUUCUACGAGUGUGUCUGAAAUGGCUGCCAGGUUUUAUGCAACAGCAGAGUUGACAUUGUCAAGUCUGACUUGUGGACAGGUGCCCGCAUAAAUACAGGUUAACUGGCUGUCAAGAGUUCUAAGGUAAUGCUGACAUCUCCAUGGUAACCUGUGGCUUACAGUGGGAUUUACCUGAGAAGUAGAGCUCUGACCCAGAUCCAGACUAUUUCCGUGCUGUCAGUAGCAUACACAUGCUCUCAAAUAGGCUAAAUUCAAACAUGCACUCAAAACAGCUUGGAAACAAAAAUGUAAUGCUCUAAAAAAUCUGUUGCUUUUUAUUAGUUGGGUCUUGUGUUUUUAAUGCAUGUAAAAUGCUUAUACAAAUCUGAAAAAUAUAGACUAUGUAUUGAAUAUCAACUGUGAAAUUGCAUAAACAAAUACACACCAUUACAUUUUUGGUAAGUAUAACUUAUUGUACACAACACAUCCUUUCCUUAUCUAUCCUUUCAGUGUAUAUGUCCAUCCCUUAUCUGUCUGUACAGCAUACAAAUUAGGAAUUUAUUUUAUUAGUUCACUUACCCCCAUUUCAGUGUAUUAAGUUCGGACUGUCUAUCGUCUCAUUGUUUCACAUGAACACUGAUCGUAAAAGCACAGAACAAUGAGACAGAGAUAUUUCACCGGAUGGAUAAAUGUGAAGCAUCCGGUUGCUGUUUCCACUCACUACCAGAUAUGGUGAUGAGACGAAGCCUAGUGGCUGGCAUUGGGAGAAGAUGGAGCCAGAUGGAUUUUGGCUGACAUUUUGCAAAUUCUUUCCUUGAUGAAACAUUUGAGUUUUCUGUAAUCUGUAACAAACAGAGUGGACAACGUCUUGUAAACUUUACCCUUUGCCAAAGUUUUAAAAAACUGUAUUGUUUAGGAGUGCAAGGGCGAAUUGGGUUAUUGCACACUUCACAAAGUAGACGUUCCCUAAUGUAAAUAUGCAAAUAAAUACUAGAAUUCGCCAAUAGGAUCUCUCUAGCUAGUGCUUGGUUCUGCCCAUAUUCUUGCUUGGUUCUGCCCACUAUGAUUCAUUUGCUCCCAUUGAAAAUAAAAGGCUCUGGUCUAUCUUGGGCUAGUUAUAAAAAUCUUUGGUAAAAGGGUCUGUUGUUGCCAUGGUGAUAGUACAGCCCCCUGUUGCUAAUAAUCAUUGCAACCAUUACAGUAUGUUUGUAAAUAUUUGUUAAUGCACCUUUGUGAGAGGACAUAGUGGUAUGGAUUGUUUUAUAAGAGUUUAUAAUGCCAAGAUGAGCAUUAAAAACCCCCAUGCUCCAGUUUAUUUUCCUGAUAGUGGGCUAAAUGUAUGUAAUGUCUCCCAACAUUUUGUGUGUAUGUUUCUAAUUCAUUACAUUUAAAAAAGAUGAUUGAUUAAUGAAUGCUAAUACAAUUGGAUAAAAUGCAGUUUAAACACAGAUUCUGAUGGUGAAACUGCAUUCAAUGCUAUGUUGCUUCCAUAAAGUUUGUAUAAUCUCGCCUUUGGUAUACAUUUUAUCUGUAUAUAAAGAAAUUCUCAAUAGCUUAGUUUUUCUUGUCUGUAAAUAUUGAACAACCUUUUAUUUCUUCAGGUCUGUGUAUUUGUUCAAAAAGUCCCUUUCCUGUGUAUGUAAGCCAAAACUGUAAGAUGAAUCGUAAAAUGUAAACAAGAAAUAAAUGGACUAACUCUGGUAAAUAUUAUUUCAUAUUUCAUGAA